AUGGAAAAUAAUUCGAGGGAUCGCAAAUCGGUGCAAAUUUCGUCCAAUGGAAAGACGGGAAAAGGGGAAUGUGUAAACAUUUCAGAAACGAGAAAAACGUUGCAUAAAUGUGUUCAUAAGAACCAUUUUCACGUUUCAAAAAAUAAAGCUGAACUCAAUGGAAAAAGGGUUAACACCAUAGAUGUGGAUUUUUCAUCUAAAAAGCAAACAUUGAAUGGAAUGUCGAAUGGCGGACAGAUCAGCAUACUCAAUUCUAAACAAAUUCAUGAAUUAGAGAAUCAAAAGCCACCAUUUGAUGCAGCUCCUGCUGAUAUAUCCAGAAAUAGAGAGAAAACAUUCACUGAUGCUAUAGAAUCUACGAAUAAUUCUAUUUUAAGCAGCGAUUAUCUAUCCUUCGGAACGACAUUUCACGAUAAGGGUACAUGCAACCCUUGUAGAUUUGAAUGGACACGUGGGUGUCACAUGGGAAAUCAUUGCAGAUUUUGUCAUCACCCAUCUCAUGUUACUCCAGGUACUGUGCGUGUAAUUCCAGAUCCACGAACUUUAGCAAAAACCAAAAUUAGGCCUGAAAAUAUUUUACCUUCUCGGAAAUAUAAUGGUUCCUCAAAUACCCAUGUAGAUUAUCCUUUGAAUGCAAAUCCAGAAUUGUUAGCAAGUACUUCAAAUCACCUUUGUAACGAAAAGGACAAAAUAAAUGACACAGAAAAAACUAACUCUAAGAACCCAUCAAAAAAUUUACACACUUACAAUGGAUAUACAAAUAAUUCUGCUUUGAAAACUGGAAAUAAUUGUCAAGAUUCGAGAAUUUAUUCAGGUCCCGAUGAAGACAUACAGAAUCAUGACUACAGUAGCAGGGGAAGUGUAGUGGGAGUACACGACAGAAGUGAAGUAUGCAGGGGAAGUGAAGUAUGCAGUGAAAAUGAAGUAUGCAGUGAAAAUGAAGUAUGCAGUGGAAGUGGAUCACAAAAUGGAAGCUAUCCGAUGAGUGGGAGCUUGAGAAAUUAUGGUAGAGAAGCAGAGUAUGUUAGUGGAAUUCACUAUGGAAGAAAAGUGAGUUACAGAAGUGUACGAUCUGAUGGAAUAGAUGUUGACUUUCCCAAUGGUUCAGAUCAUUUCCGUGUUGUUAACGAUUUCCCUGGUGUAAACAGCCCAAACAGUAUGAACAGUUUUAGUGUUGUGAAUGGUAUGAAUGAUGCGAUGAGUGUAAGCGAUAUAGAUAGUAGUCAUCAUGCGAAUGAUGGAAGUUAUAUGAACGAUGGAAGUUAUAUGAACGAUGGAAAUUAUAUGAACGAUGGAAAUUGGAUAAAUGGUGGAUAUUGGAUGAACGAUAGAAAUUAUAUGAACGAUGAAAGUUAUAUGAACGGUGGAAAUUGGAUAAAUGGUGGAUAUUGGAUGAAUGAUAGAAAUUGGAUGAAUGAUAGAAAUUGGAUGAAUGAUAGAAAUUGGAUAAAUGAUAGAAAUUGGAUGAAUGAUAGAAAUUGGAUGAAUGGUGAAAGUUGGAUGAAUGGGGGAAGUUGGAUGAAUGAUAGAAAUUGGAUGAAUGAUAGAAAUUGGAUGAAUGAUAGAAAUUGGAUGAAUGAUAGAAAUUGGAUGAAUGAUAGAAAUUGGAUGAAUGAUAGAAAUUGGAUGAAUGAUAGAAAUUGGAUGAAUUGUAGAAAUUGUAUGAAUGGUACAGGAUUUAUGAAAAGCAGCAAUUGCACGAAUGACACUAUAUCUACAAAAUGUACGAGCCGUACGAACAGUAUCAGUUGCUCGAGCAGCGUCGGUUGCACGAACCGCGCUAACUCCUCCAACAGAAGGGCUUCCAUGAACAAUGAGUGUGAAAUGAAUGAUAUGAACUCAAGGGCUCACAUAAGUGGCACACAUGGAAUGAACCACAUGAAUAAUGCGAACUACCCAAACUAUACAAGCUGUGAGAUGUGUGCGAACCGUAUGAAUUGUAUGCACUGCAUGAACGGAAUGAACUACAAUAAUGGUUUUAAUAAUAUGAAUAAUAUGGAUUAUGUGCAUUGUCCACAUGAUAUGAACGGAAUGUGCUUCCUUAGCAGGAUGAACUAUGUUGAUUACCUGAACAGAAUGAACUAUAUGAACAGCUUGAACUACAUGAAGGAUAUUAAUUACUGGAGACGCAUGCACUUUCCGAGCGGAACGAGCAGCACGAGCAGUAUGAACUGGACGAGAAGUACGAACGAGACGAGCAGCACGAACAGAACAAGAAGCACUAACGGAACGAGCAGCACGAACAGAACCAGAAGCACUAACGGAACUAACAGAACGAACCGAACGAACAGAACGAAUCGAACGAACAGAACGAGCAGCACGAACCGAAUAAACCGAAUGAACCGAACGAGCAGCACGAACCGAAUGAACCGAACGGGCAGCACGAGCAAUGCACAUAGAAUGAAUUACGAAAACGGAUCGAAUAGGAACUUCCCAAAUAAUUUAAAUCAGUACCAUGAUAUGAACUGUUGCAACAUUUUCAAAGAUAAUAUGUGUUUUUGCUGUAGUCGUAGAAUAUGCAACCCCAUUUUGAGUCAUCCAAUGAAUGAAUUUAAUGGAAGGGUGGUGAUAGACACAUUUUUAAAAAAUAAAGAUAUGUAUAAAAAUUUUAAAAUGUGGGAAAAUUUUCCGAGAAAUUCCUCCCCUAAUGUAAACAGUUCUGACAUGCCCACGAAUACAAAAUAUUUCACAGAUUGA